CGCGCCGCCGGAGUACGCCAAGGACGGGGACAUGACGCUGAAAUGCGACGUCUUCAGCUUCGGCGUCGUGCUGCUCGAGGUCGUCAGCGGCCGGAGGAACAGCGCCGAGCCAAGCCACCUCUCGCACGUAUGGAAGCUCUGGGAAGAGCACAGGAUCAUGGGCCUCCUCGACCCGGCGGUGCCGCGACCUUGCUCCGACUCCGACGCCGACCUCCUGUCCGAGCUGCGGAGGUGCAUCCAUAUCGGCCUCCUCUGCGUGCAGCGGUCGCCCGGCCACAGGCCGGCCAUGUCGGCAGCUCUCGCCACGCUGACCAGCAGGACCUCGCAGCUGGACCAGCCAAGGAGGCCCGUCCUCGAGUGUCGAACGACGAGGCCUCUUCUCGCCGGUGAAGCGACCGGCGGCGGCGCCAUCGUGGAGGACCCGCCUCGAGUGUCUAGCUGUUAG